UCUGACGUUUAUUUUCUUCUCUUUUUUCUGCUUUUUUUUUUUUAUUGUUGUCAUGGAUAAUACAAGUAAAGAAGAAAUAAAAGAUAAAGCCGAAAAUAGUAGUCAUUGUAGCGAAACUAGUAGUAGCAGUAAACCAAAUCAACACCUAUCUAGACCUAAAUUAGGACCAAAAGCACAUUCAUCACCAAGAUUGCCUGUAGUAGCUAUCACAACGACAGGCGAUAGCUAUGAACAACCACAACAGCAGCAAGAAAAUAAUAAUAAUAUGUUGAGACCUAAUUUUUCGACUCGAUCCAUUUUGAACAAUGGUAACAAUAACAUGCUCGGCAUCAGUCACAAUGAAGGCAGAUUUAGAAAUGUGAUAUACAGUCCAGAAACAACAAGUUCUUCCGAGAGCGAUAGCAGUGAAAGUGAUACUGAUAUCAAUGAAGAUAAUGUUCAGGAGAAGAUUUAUGAGGUUGACGACGAUGAUGAAAAAAUAAAUUCUACAGCAACACUCAAUCGAUCCAAUUCAGUUCAUAGAAGACCUAGUUAUCCACUAGAAGACUCUGCUGCAAACACCCUUGUAGAAGCAGCCAUGGACAAAGACGAAGCUAAAGAUAGACAUGUUCGUUUUCAAGAUCAUGUUGCCGAAUCCGCUGCGCUUGUUGAACGUAUGUUAAGUCAAAGAAUAGGCCCUCAACCGAGCGCACCUGAUUCUUUGGGAGCAAUGAUGACACAAAGAUAUGAAAGCCGACAAACAGAAGAGGAGUCAGAAUUCGAACCUGGUCCUACCAACCAUGGAAGUGGUAGCGUGCUAGCAAGUUUAAUGAAACUAGAAGCACAACGACAUGAAGGUCAUGAAAAGAAGAGGAAACAGCUUAAAAUCAAACGCAAGAACAAACAACAAAAGAAGAAUAAGAAGCCUACUUCUUUGUUAGAUUUCCCUAUUCACUCAAACACAGAUCCUUCUUUUGAUUCCUCAACUCGAAGGCCACCUAUGGCUUAUCGUCCUACAAGUUGGUUAUCUGGUGCCUCUCGUCCUCAACAAAGACCUCCUUUAAUUAACCGUCCAGCUAGUUGGUUGUCUGGUGUAGCAUCAAACAAAUAUGUUGUUCCUAGCCUAGAAAAGCGCAAGAAGACAGCACCAUCUGUGUCUCGGCGAUCUUCGAAAGACAGCAUGGUCACGACUGCUUCUCAAUUUGAGCCCAUUACUCUUGAUGAUCGUAUCCGUAUCACUUUUGAAAUUGCUAAUAUUUUGCAGAAACAAGAAUUCUUGAGAAAACUAUGUAAAGCACUUAUGCAUUACGGAUGUCCUGCUCAUCGACUGGAAUAUGCAAUGCGUCAAGUAUCUCGUACCUUAGCUGUAGAUGCUGAAUAUGUUUAUUUUCCUAGUGUGAUGCUUAUCACCUUUAUUGACUCAACUACUCACACGACUGAAACACAUUUUAUUCGGCAAGGACAGGUUUUUGAAAUGCAUCGAUUGGCAGAUAUUUAUCGCUUAGAGAAGCUAGUGACACAUGGUGAAGUGUCUGUAGAUGAAGCCUUAGAAUUUAUUGAUAAAGUGUCUGCCCAACCGCCUAUCUAUCCUCUGUGGAUACAGCCCUUUGUGUAUGCACUUGCAGCAUUUGCUGGUUGUAUUCUAUUUUUUGGUGGCCGUUGGAAAGAAGGUGGUAUCUGUGCCGCCCUCAGUAUGGUUUUUGCUACAAAUGAAAUCUUUUCAACCUUUAUUUCAAGCUUUCAGCCUAUCUGGGAAAUCACUGUCUGUGUACUAAUUGGCUUUGUUGCCCGUGCCAUCACAAAGUAUGACUUUUGCUUUACACCUAUUGCGUUUUCUUCAUUUAUUGUGGUUCUACCCGGCUAUCCGAUGGCUGUUUCUAUUAUUGAAUUGGUUUCUAGACAAUUGGUUGCUGGUGUUGUUCGUAUGGUCUAUGCCAUUAUUUAUUCGUUUUUACUUGGCUAUGGUGUUUCAAUGGGAUCAGCGCUUUAUAUGACUAUUGAUAAAAGUGCCACAACGAUUCAAUCAGAUAUUUGUAGACAAGCUUCCAAUGCAGCAACCUGUAUCUCAAGUGAAUCUCAAUGGUUUAAUUUCCUUUUGGUGCCUUUGUUUGCUUUAGCUUAUUGUGUCUAUUUACGUGCACGUCCACCACGAUGGCCAAUUAUGAUUAUCGUGUCUGCUUGUACCUAUGUCAUCAAUUAUGCUCUGGCUUGUUGGGCUAAUGCUCCUUCUCAAAUUUUGCAAGUGGUUCCUUCUUUAGGCCUAGGGCUGAUUGGUAAUUUGUUGACAAAAUUCACUGGCAAAAUGUCAUUUGAUGCAAUGCUACUCGGCGUCUUUUAUCUUGUGCCAAGUAGUUUGGGUAUCAAAGGAGCUAUUGGGUUGUUCGGUGGUACAAAUGAAGUUGGAAAUCAAGGGGCAGGUUUUGCUCUAGCUAUGAUUGAAUCCUCUAUUGGUAAGUUAAGAAUAAUGCUAAUGUAAUGUACUGAUUGCAUUGUAUCUCUUUAGGUAUCACACUUGGCUUGUUCCUUGCUACCUUAAUUGUAUACCCUAAAGGAACCCAACAUACACCUUUAAUGAGUUUGUAAUAUCACA